UGUUUGUUUAUAUAUAAUGAUACAAAGAGGGUUUAGGGUUUUGCCUCAUCAAUCGAUCAAUCAAUCAAAUCUCAAUAAAAAAAUGAAGAUCCUGAAUAUUUUCAAGAAGAUAAUAACUUUGGACACGUCCAGUAUUGAUAAUUAUUUCGUCAGAGAUGACAAUAUUGUUGACGUGACCAUAAGAAGAAUUGAUAAUUUUCUUUACCACCGGGACACGUAUUUUUGGUUCGACUCUGAAAGCAUUGAGGAAUGUGAGCAUGCCUUUGUGGAUUCUCCCGAUGACAAAAGAGAUAGGAUACAUCUUUUCUUAUUACGGGGUCUUGUUUCCUCAUAUCUACCAGAUGAUGUUCAAUUUGGAUUAACUAUGCUUCAAGAUUUACUGCUUCAUGCUCCUACCCCCAAACAAAAGCGAAAAGUGAUGUUUAUACUUGCUCUUGGGUAUUUUAGAAUUGGGAACUUUUCAAAGAGCCUGGACUCUGUUUCUCGUUGUUUGGAGAUAAAACCUUAAUGGAACAGGGUAAAAAAUCCCGGAAAAAAGGAACUUGAUGAUGUUCUUCUCCCCUCGUGGUUUCUCAGGCUCAAGCGGACAGCAAGACUAAUAUUCAAAAGCCUCGCUCGGUUCGAAUCCAAUUCGUGAGAUGGCCAUCUUGGUCAUAUAGAUGUCUUGCCCUCCAAUCCUGGAUGGGGGAUCACUUGUAGGAAUGACAUAAUUUAGAAAGAAUUACCCAAUUUGGCCUUAAUGAACUAAUUUACACCUCAAACCCUUAUCUUACUAAUUUACACCCUAAACUCUUAUCUUCCAAGAUAUCUUCACUACCAUAAAGAAUGACCCAAUUUGGCCUUAAUGAACUAAUUUACACCUCAAACCCUUAUCUUACUAAUUUACACCCUAAACUCUUAACUUCCAAGAUAUCUUCACUACCAUCUUUACAACAAUUACAUUUACAUCAACCUAAUAGUCGCCACUACCACCACCACAUCGUCGUCAUCACCACCGUCGUCGCAUUGUGCGGGCAUCGUGCUGUAUAUAUGUAUAUAUAAUUACAGUUUUUUGACCAUUCAAGAAAUUUUACGGGUGCGUCUUCGUAUGCAUUCCGGCUGUUUCUCCCACAUCUGGACGCGCGUUUUGGGGCUUGAAGUGGGGUCCGCUACGAAAUUAAAAAAAAAAAUAAUUAACUCUCAUAUGGUGUGUGUGUGUGUGAAUCGUGAUGUGCAUAUGUACAUAUGAAGAAGAUGGUACAUAGAAUUUGAGUGUGUGUACAGGUGUGUGUAAUCUGUGUAGUAUAUAUAUAUAUAUAUAGGUGUAUAUAUAUAUUUCAAAGGAAGAAGACGAUGAUGUGUACUCAGUAAAAUUUAUAUAAACUUUUCGUUUUAACCCCUCAA